GUUGGAUUUGGAGUGUCUAGGAAGUAAGUGACGUCAAGAUUUGAAGACUUUGUGGCAAAACACAAAGAAUCUGAUCCUCUUAUGGGAUCCCUUUCCUUUGUCAUUCUUAUUCUUAUAUUGUGGUCAAUGUAACAUCAUAUUCUUUCUCCAUUUGCUUUCUUCUUUUUUUCCAUCUUCGAAUCUCUCACUCUCUAAAACCCUCAUUCCCACCUCUCAGUCACUGCAAUUAGGUCUAACUACCUCUCUCUCUCUCUCUCUCUCUCUCUCUCCAUUUUCAAUGGAGAACAAGAAGCUUCAGCGUCGCUUCUCGCUGGGUAGGCAAUCCUCUAUGGCGCCGGAACGCGACGAUGCCGGCGCCGGCGAGGAUGAGUUGUCGGAGGCUUUGGACCCGUCGGUUCGGUUGAUGUAUUUGGCGAACGAAGGGGACUUGGAUGGGAUUAAGGAGUUGUUGGAUGGAGGGAGUGACGUCAAUUUCAGAGACAUUGAUGGCCGCACCGCUCUACAUGUCGCCGCCUGUCAGGGCCGUACCGACGUCGUCGACUUGUUGCUCCGACGAGGUGCUCAGGUUGACCCACGCGACCGCUGGGGCAGCACCCCUCUAGCAGAUGCGUUGUACUACAAAAAUCAUGAUGUUGUAAAACUUUUGGAGAAACAUGGUGCACAACCCCCGAUGGCUCCCAUGCAUGUCCAAAAUGCUCGUGAAGUCCCAGAAUAUGAGAUUGAUCCUUCUGAGCUUGAUUUUACUAAUAGCGUUUGCAUAACAAAGGGGACUUUCCGGAUUGCAUUGUGGCGUGGAAUUCAAGUUGCUGUCAAAACUUUUGGGGAGGAAGUGUUCAACGAUGAUGAAAAAGUAAGGGCAUUUCAUGAUGAGCUUACAUUACUUCAGAAAAUAAGGCAUCCAAAUGUUGUCCAGUUUUUGGGCGCUGUAACGCAAAGCACCCCGAUGAUGAUUGUCGUAGAAUAUCUACCCUUGGGUGAUCUUCGUGCUUACUUGAAGCAGAAACGUGCAUUAAAACCGAUAACAGCUGUGAAGUUUGCACUUGAUAUUGCUAGGGGAAUGAAUUAUUUGCAUGAACAUAAACCAGAAGCUAUUAUACACCGAGAUCUUGAGCCUUCAAAUAUACUGCGGGAUGAUUCUGGGCAUCUGAAAGUUGCAGACUUUGGAGUUAGCAAAUUACUCAAAGUUGCUAAAACAGUCAAAGAAGACAAACCUGUGACAAGCCAGGACACAUCAUGGCGCUAUGUUGCUCCAGAGGUCUAUAGAAAUGAGGAAUAUGACACCAAAGUGGAUGUGUUUUCAUUUGCUCUGAUAUUACAGGAGAUGAUUGAAGGUUGUCUUCCUUUUCAUGCAAAGCCCGAAAGUGAAGUUCCUAAAGCAUAUGUUGAAAAUGAGCGUCCACCAUUCAGAGCUUCACAAAAGCUUUAUGCUUAUGGACUAAAACAAUUAAUUGAGGAAUGUUGGGAUGAUAAACCAUACAGAAGACCAACAUUUAGGCAAAUAAUUGGAAGAUUGGAAGACAUUAGCUACCAUCUUGAUCAAAAGAGUCAAUGGAAGGUUCUGACUCCUAAAUGUAUCCCGAAUCUGAAAGCCCUAUUCAAAGGGCAUCGCACAAUUCCAAGUAGCCGAUCAUCUCGCUUUACGACCGGAUAAAUGAUUACAGUUAUGAAACAAGAAGAAUCUCGAUUUUGCAGUUCAAGUGAAAAACUUGGUUUCCUAUACAUGCUUGCAUAUAUAGUUUUUUGUAAAUAAACCUGCUCUAAGCCUUUGAAUAAUAAAAAAUUCUGAGGGUUUAUGCGGAAGGUCAAUUUGCUGCAAUCCGACAAAGAAGUCUGCAAGCAUUUUGACAUUGUGGAGAGAAAGACGCAAGACGCAAUGAGUAUAAGACAGCAUUAUGAAAUAUAGACUAGACACUAUGUCUCCCCUACCUUAAUGUUAUCUUCUUUUCAAAAUUCACCCCCUCAUCUUUUCUUUUCUUUUUUGGUAAAAUACCCCCUCAUCUGUUUUAAAAUAAAUAUGGGGAUACGAAUUCAGUUCGUGGAUGCAGAGCCAUAGAAAAGUUGUGUGCAUAUGGAUUCAAAAGCAGAUGUUCUAGACAAUAUUAGUAAAUUCAUUAGUCUUUUCAACGAUAAAUUGAAUAUCUAUA